GCCGUCUCCACAACCUCAGACGCCCUGCCACGAGCUCGACACACCAAUUGAUCAUUGAAUUGCUUGCACGUCUUGCACGAAGAGCAUCCUAAACCAUACAACGCCAUCUAGUCCCGUGUGAUCGACGACGUACACUCGGCGCAUCGCCCGCACGGCACUACAACAUGAACGCCGUCAGAGCACGACAGCUGCUCCGCCUCAGCACACCCCGCCGCAACUUCACACAGACAACACGGCGGAGUCUCGACAUCGAGCCCCCAGCGCCACAGCCACAAGAACCCAAACGACCCUCCAAAGUCGGUGCCUUCUACAAAACCUUCUCCGCGCCGCUGCUGAAAUGCUUUCUCGGCGCACUCUUCACAUACCAACUCGCCUACUUUGCCUGGAUGAAACUAGAGACAAUAGAGACAGCGCACGACAAGAAUACCGAGAUCAAUGAGCUGCGGGAGGAAUUGGCGGGCGCGAUAAACAACAAGAGGAGGGAAGCUGAGGGCGUGGUGGACAAGAUUGGUGACAAAGUCGGGGAGGCCAAAGACAAAGUGGUUGGAGGUGCUGGCGUUGCGGGGACGGCCAAGAAGGGCGGCUGGUGGCCAUGGUGAGCAGGCUGGAUGACUUCUGCAGCUGGGGGCUCCGAACUGUAGGAUGUUUGUGUGUACAGUACAAAUCAAGGAUCAAGGAAUCAAGGCACAGCAGCGAUACCCAAGUCAAGAGACGCGAGUAGAGACGUCAAGUCUCGAUUGUUAGCACACGGCAAUCAGCUCCUAUAGCUGAACUUCCCCACUCCACCCGCCCCUCAAUGCCACACACCAAUAUUGAUGGCAGGAAUACCAGUUUGCCUCACGGUGGCAGCUUGAAAAAGCCAUAAUCAUGGUCGUGUCUCAGAAGCGGUUCGGAAAAUGUACAGUGAGUCCUGACAUUGUCAAAAAUGUUUC